AUGAGCAAAUUGCAGGCAACAUGGACUCCUUAUCCCCCCUCUCUCUCUUCCACCUCCUCCCAAAAGACACUCUCCACCUCAUUUUAUCUCACCUCUCCAUCCCCCAAGUCCUCUCCUUUCGCUCCGUCUGCAAACUCUUCAACCACUCUCUCUCCUCCCCCUCCUUCCUCCAAACCCUCCCCUCAGAGCCAUGGCUCCUCCUCCUCUCCCAUUGCCGGAAACAUCGCCGGGAAACUACCCACCACUCGCCGGAAAAUUGCUUUCCCCUUAUAUAAGCCCAAAACCAGUGGUUUCGUCUCUCUCUAAAAUUCUUACCCUUUUCUCAUGUUACUCCGGUGGCAUCUUAUCAAGGCUUGCUUUACAUCUGGUGUGAUAACGAUUCAGGAGUUGAUCUCUGCAACCCUCUCACGAGGAAAUUUACCAUUUUUCCCUCGCUGGGCUCGGCCUGGUGCCAGCAUGGGACCGUUGUUCCCAGUAGCAAAACUGUAAUUGUGCUCACCGAGCUCGCAGUUCUCUCUCUUGGGAGCAUGGGGCUGUGGAGAAAUUUCUCCUCUGGUUUGUGCUCGAAACCAAGGAGUCUAGUGCUCACUGUUUAUGCUCUUUGGAGUCCAGUUCUCACUGUUUAUGCUCUUUCUGAUGUGGGUUCCCCGUGGAGAAGUCAAUGGAAGCUUGUUUGUUGCGAAUUGAGUGAGUUAUGUAAUGGAGAUUCGUGGAAAAAGCUUGAAAGGAAUGAAUGAGAUGUUUUUGAUAUUUUGAAGAGGCGCCGGCUAGUUCGUGGACCUCGAGGGCGUUUGUUAACGGUGGGCAGUUUGAAAUCUUCUCAUGCAGUGAAUUCACAAUGCUCAGCUGUGAUAAUUUUGAGAUUGGAUUUGGAGAGUUUGGAGUGGGAUGAGGCGGCGAUGAUGCCAUUACAGAUUUUUGAGAGUUUAGAGGAGGGGCUCAGGUUUAAGGCUUUUGGGGGUGGAGAGAGAGUGUUCUUUUCGGGUAAAGGGGUAAAGGAUUUGGCAAUGUGGGAGUGUUUUGGAGUGGGAAAAGGGGUUUGGAGGUGGGUGGAGAAUGUGCCUGAUAAUGGUGAUGGUCUUUACAGAGGGCUCUUCAUUGAUGCUAGACUUGAUGCUGUUCCUUGAAUUGAGUCUCUCUCUCUCUCUCUCUCCACCUGUUUAAAUAAAUCUCUCUCUAAUCUCUGCAUCCAUCUAUUUAUCUCUCUCAUGGUGCAUUUGUUAAAAUUUGUUUGUAUGUGGAGUAAGGUAUUCUUCAAAUAAAUUCUCAGUGAUUGCUUUGUUCGUGCUUCUUAGUCAGGUUGUUUCAGUCAAUUCUUUGUUCCUGACUUAUCGAUGCAAAAUCUGGACU